AUGGCCGCCUCAUCUUCGACAGCAGACUGUCUCAAGGCUUUCGGUGCUCAAGGAGAAACACUCCCGGAAAUAUACGACACUUUGCUUAGAGGAGAUAUCAUUGAAACCUUGGAUCCCUUGGAAUUGGUAUCACCUCUUCUGACAAGUAAAGAUGAGGCUUCCUGGAACAUUCUUCAACUCAUGGUCCAUAAAUCCAGUCCUCGAGAAAUGAUCUUAGCCGCUAAUGAGGCAUUGGAGAGUCUACAUCGGUCGAUUUGGUUGGACGAGAGCGAUAUGGACGCAGAUGAAUAUGGACUACCCAUUGCAGACCAGAUAAUCCGUUUGAUGCAUGUAUACCGUGACGUUAUUGUACGUGUUCCAUUGCGAAAGAGAGGCCCAGGUCCGAUAGUGCAGGGUUUCAUGUCGGAACUCAAUCGUGUCAUUUCUCUUUCGAGCCAUAGUCUUUCUGGGGAUAGGGGGAGGCGGACACUUGGUCUUGGUCAAGAACUUGCUACUUCUAUUAUGGGGUGGGCAAAAGGAAAAGAGGAAUUAACACCUGAUGAGCUGAAAUAUCACAAUGAGAUAUUACUUGUCUUCAUAGAAUCGAUGUUAGAAUCUCUCGCUUUCUGUAUUGAAACAUCUAUUGCAGAUUGGGCGUUUCUUGAGGUUUUUCCAGAACUGGGUGGUCUCCAAGCCGUUGAAAAUAAAGAUCACUGGAAAGAGGGUUUGUCAGUCAUGUCCAACAUAGUGAGAUCAUAUAUUCAAAUAAGGGGAAACGAUCUACGUACUCUCCCUUCUUCACCAACUAGAUCGACCCUAAUUCUAUAUGCACAUUGGCAGUUCGGGACGAGACAGAGUCAAUACGACCAUUCAUCCCAGUUGUCCUUCUUCCAACCUGUCAUCCUCGCCUCCCUUCAGACCAAUGCUAUCAUUUACGAGACCAUCUCUUUCCUUCUGCUCUCUCUACGCUGUCGAUGCGAACUAUCGCCAGAAACUAUCAUACCGUUAAGCACCACUCUACCUUCACUCUGCAGUAGCCAUCCAGACCCGUCAAUAAGACACUACGCGUUUCGUGUAUUGUCUCUGCUCUUGCGAUCGGCAGCAUCACCUUUGAGGAUGCAAAUUCUGAAAACGCUAACUUCCGAUUACGGGAACCUUCCAAUGCGCACAGCAGCAGUGGGAUUAGUCAAAGAGAGUAUUAUUGCCGCUCUCGAUAGCAAAUCGGAUGUAUUCGCGUCACCGAUGUUUCUUAAGACGUUCGGAAGCGUUCUGUUUGUGCCGGACCCACCUGGACUAUUUAACAACUCAACAAUGAACUCGAGUGACGAGGGGCGGAACGAGAUGGCAAGGUUAACGGAAUGCCUGGGCCUUUACUACGUCUUGGUGGUUCGCGAUCGGGCCAAUAAAACAGGUAUAAAAGACAAGGAUAACUUGGCCAACGUGGAACGAGCGCUGCUUGAACCGAUGAAGAAGGCUCUUCCUCGAUGGAUUAAGAACGCACAAGCCUCGAAAGGCGGACUCCCUCCUUCCGUCAUGCCGUUGGUUUCGUUGGAGUUGAGCCUGGAAAGGGUGUACGAAGCGCUUGGACACCCCCGAACCUAG